AUGAAGUUUGAAGUGCAGGCCUUGACUGUGGUCUCCACUUCGCUAAUACCGUUGCUCUCUAUUUCUCUUAUGAAACACAAACUCCUAUCCACUUUACUUCUUAAACAGCACACCGACACAACGGCCGGACACCCGAUAGUGACAAUGAAUGUCCCGAAAUCUGUUUCCGAAGGCAGUGAUGUUCAGUUGUCGUGUUUGCACGAGUUGUACAACACAUCCCUGUAUUCGUUGAAAUGGUUUCAUAGAAAAGAUGUCUAUUCAGAGGAACGGGAGUUCUUCCGAUACACUCCGCGAGCAAAACAAGUUAAACAAGUGUUUCCAUUGCAAAACAUUAACGUUAACUUAUAUAAAUCGAUGGGCGAAACGGUAUCUCUCGAUAAAGUGAGCGCAAAGGCCAGCGGUCUCUACAAAUGUGAGAUCACUUUAACGGAAAUCAGUCACAAACCAUGGGAUGAGAAAUAUAUGACCGUCUCGGCAGCUAACCCUCUAUCUCAACACAUUAAAGAGACAACAAUAAUGAAAACCUAUUCCAAUAAUAAUGUGGCCAAUCUUUUUGAGUUGUAUUCGCGCUUUUAUUAUACUAUUUGCAUAUACAUUCAUUCUGCCCCAUCCCACUCCUCUCCCGCCCAUCUCGCACCCAACCUAUAA